GUGCGGCUGAGCCGGUUUCCGGGGCCACUGGUGUGACGUGUCCCGCGCUUGACGCAGCAGGAAGCGGCGGCGAUCGCGGCCUGAGUUCCCGGCGCCGGCCCGGCUCCUCUCCCGCUGCCGCCAUGCUCGACUUCUUCACCAUUUUCUCGAAAGGCGGGCUCGUGCUCUGGUGCUUCCAGGGCGUGAGCGACUCAUGCACCGGGCCCGUUAACGCGUUGAUUCGUUCCGUGCUGCUGCAGGAAAGGGGAGGUAACAACUCCUUCACCCAUGAGGCACUUACACUCAAGUACAAACUGGACAACCAGUUUGAGCUGGUGUUUGUGGUUGGUUUUCAGAAGAUCCUAACACUGACGUACGUAGACAAGUUGAUAGAUGAUGUGCACCGGCUGUUUCGGGACAAGUACCGCACUGAGAUCCAACAGCAAAGUGCUUUAAGUCUAUUGAAUGGCACUUUUGAUUUCCAAAAUGACUUCCUGCGGCUCCUUCGUGAAGCAGAGGAGAGCAGUAAGAUCCGUGCUCCCACGACCAUGAAGAAAUUUGAAGAUUCUGAAAAGGCCAAGAAACCUGUGAGGUCCAUGAUUGAGACACGGGGUGAAAAGCCCAAGGAAAAGGCAAAGAACAGCAGAAAAACCAAGGGGGCCAAGAAAGAAGGUUCUGAUGGCCCUUUGGCUACCAGCAAAGCAGUCCCCGCAGAAAAGCCAGGUCCAGUGGGGCCUGAGAAUGGGGUGGAACUUUCCAAAGAGGAACUCAUACGCAGGAAGCGAGAAGAGUUCAUGCAGAAGCACGGGAGGGGUAUGGAGAAGUCCGGUAAGUCUGCAAAGUCAGAUGCUCCCAAGGAGAAGGGCAAAAAAGCGCCCCGGGUGUGGGCACUGGGUGGCUCUGCUCCCAAGGAAGUCUUGGACUACAGCACCCCCACCACCAACGGAGCCCCCGAGGUGGCCCCGCCUGAGGACAUCAACUUGAUCCGAGGCACUGGGCCUGGGGGGCAGCUCCAGGAUCUGGACUGCAGCAGCUCAGAUGACGAAGGGACGGCUCAAAACUCCACCAAACCCAGUGCUACCAAGGGGACUCUGGGUGGCAUGUUUGGGAUGCUGAAGGGCCUUGUGGGUUCCAAGAGCUUGACUCGUGAAGACAUGGAAUCUGUGCUGGACAAGAUGCGUGACCACCUCAUUGCUAAGAAUGUGGCAGCCGACAUUGCAGUUCAGCUCUGUGAGUCUGUGGCCAGCAAGCUGGAAGGGAAGGUGAUGGGGACGUUCAGUACGGUGACUUCCACAGUAAAGCAAGCUCUUCAAGAGUCCCUGGUGCAGAUUCUGCAGCCACAGCGCCGCGUAGACAUGCUCCGGGAUAUCAUGGACGCCCAGCGUCACCAGCGCCCUUACGUGGUCACUUUCUGCGGCGUUAACGGCGUGGGGAAGUCCACUAACCUUGCCAAGAUUUCCUUCUGGCUGUUGGAGAAUCGCUUCAGUGUCCUCAUUGCGGCCUGUGAUACGUUUCGCGCUGGGGCUGUGGAGCAGCUGCGGACGCACACCCGGCGCCUGAGCGCCCUCCACCCCCCGGAGAAGCACGGCGGCCGCACCAUGGUGCAGCUGUUCGAGAAGGGCUACGGCAAGGAUGCUGCCGGCAUUGCCAUGGAAGCUAUUGCCUUUGCACGAAACCAAGGCUUUGAUGUGGUGCUGGUGGACACGGCGGGCCGCAUGCAAGACAAUGCCCCUCUGAUGACUGCCCUGGCCAAGCUCAUUACUGUCAACGCGCCCGACUUGGUGCUGUUUGUAGGGGAGGCCUUAGUAGGCAAUGAGGCUGUGGACCAGCUGGUCAAGUUCAACAGAGCCUUGGCUGACCAUUCUAUGGCUCAGACGCCUCGCCUCAUUGAUGGCAUUGUCCUUACCAAAUUUGAUACGAUUGAUGACAAGGUGGGAGCUGCUAUUUCUAUGACCUACAUCACAAGCAAACCCAUCGUCUUUGUGGGCACUGGCCAGACCUACUGUGACCUACGCAGUCUCAAUGCCAAGGCUGUUGUGGCUGCCCUCAUGAAGGCUUAACAUGGCUUUUGCCCAAUACCAAAUCACCGCUUCCCCCCAAAGCCCCCAUCCCUGCAUCAAGACUGUGCUUCAGAGUAUGUGAGCGACUUGUCUUCAGUGUAGUUCAAAGGCAGAGCAAGGGGAGCUCCAGGGGCUUCCAGCUAGGUGGAGCUCCUAACCCCACUCCCUGUUCAGCCCAGCCUCCACCUGCAAGGAGGGCCUAGUCAUGUUAACAAUCACUGCCCGGUGCCCCCCCACCCCGGUCCUCCCUGUUCCUACUCAGGCAUCCCUUCACUCUGCCUAGAGACUCGGUCUCAUUACAGCUUUGACCAAUGGUUAGAAGAUCCAACACCAGAGCUUGGCUACUUAGGAAUUAGGGAAUGUCCGAACAUUGUUGCCAGCUCUGGGCCUUGAGUGGCACCUCUCCCCUAGGAUAGUCUUCAGGUCCCUGGGGCCAGGAUGACACCCCACAUGGUGGCAGUGUAUGGCCUGUUCUUAAUUGCUGCUAACUCGCUGAUGACCCCUCUCCCCGUUUACCCAAAGCAUCAGCUAGGCCAGAGAGGUGCUGCAGACGGGUGAAAGGGCAGUCCCCGCUUCCUCGGAAACACAGGGAGCCGAGCUGCAGUGCUGCAAGGGGCUUCUCAGCCUCCCAAACCACCUCCCAUUCUGAGAAUCCAGACAUAACUUUGCAUGUUCCCUUUCCUGGGAGAAAACCAGCUGUCAGAAGGGGAUACACGUGGCCCCCAGCCCCUUCUUCACCUGAGCAGUUCCUGGCUUUUCCUCCUCUCUACAGUGCCUGGUAGACAAGUGCUACGUUGAAGAAUACGAACCUUGUUGAGACUUGUCCGGUAGCUUGGUAUUACAGACGUGCUAUUAGUGCAAUAAGGUGAAGGCUGUCUGCCCAGAGAAAUACAUAAUUUAUAUAAGAAAAUAAAUUUCAUAAAUAAACCGCC